UAAGAAACAGACAAAAUAUAGACAGAGAGAUGAGUCUAAUAUAGUAUGUAGGCAGUGGUGCAAGUGUGUGGAGUCUGAAGAGACUUCAUAUCCAUCUAUUUAUCUUCUCCAUGGCUUCUUCUUCUCUGCUAUCUCUAAGUCUCCCCAAACCAAGCAUUAUCAGAGCAACUGCAAUAACAACACCUACUUCAACUACAAUCACGACCCCGGCAACUGCAGAGAGUCUUGAACAGAAGUUUGGGCGUAAAGGCAUCAAAUUCUUGGACUCAGGUGACGUCGAGCUGACUGUUAGAAAUGGAAGUUCACUGAAACUUCAAAUACCAAAUGCUCAUGUUACUUCUUACAAGCCCAAGGUUUACUGGAAAGAUGAUGGUUUUGAGGAGAUUCUUUAUACUCUUCCUCCUAAGCCUAAUUCUUCAGGAUCAGCCAAAGGUGGAAUUGGUUUGGUCUUGAAUAAUGUGCCAGCUGCUGCUGAACCAAAGCCUAAAAUCUCAAGCUCGGUGUCUCCUGUUGAUACUUCUCAGUGGAUUGUCAAGGAUGUUGAUUCUGAUUCCAUUGAUGCUGUUCAGGUAGAAUUGAGCUGCUGUAGCAGUGGAACUCUUGAUAUAACGUAUGUCGUGUCCCUCUAUCCUCUGGGAAUGGCAACAGCAGUUAAAGUUAAGAACAAUGGUCGCAAAGCUAUUAAUCUAACUGGUGCAAUACUAAGUCAUUUCAAAUUCAAGAAGCGAAGUGGUACUGGGAUUCAGGGCCUGAGAAACUGCUCUUACUGCACACACCCUCCUUUAUCUUCACCAUUUGAAAUCAUGUCUCCAGCUGAAGCAAUGAAAACUGAGGAUCCUGGUAUGUUUUCAUUCGGCUAUGAGCCCGAACAGAAACCAGGAUUGUGGACUGUGCAAGAUGUGCCCAUUACCAUAUUGAGGAAUAAGCUUAGUAGAGUUUACACUGCUCCUCCUGCAGAAAGACUAAAGCCAUUUUACAACACCCCGCCUUCUAAAUAUGAGACCAUCGAUCAGGGAAAGGAGCUGUUUUACAGAGUAAUAAGGAUGGGUUUUGACGACAUUUACGUUUCAAGCCCGGGUUCUAUAUCAGAGAAGUUUGGGAAGGACUACUUUAUUUGCACUGGUCCAGCUUCAAUGUUAGUACCAGUGGUUGUAAAUCCCGGUGAAGAGUGGAGAGGGGCGCAGGUUAUGGAGCAUGAUAAUUUGUGAUCAUAAUUUUGUAUAUAAGAUUACUGAAUUAAGUAAUCUAUUUUUCUCUCCCAAUAGAUGUAACCCCAAAAAUAUUAAUACAAUAUUAGUAUACUUGGAUCCAAAGAAAGAGUUUCAGGUUUCCUACAAUUAUAUUGAACAGGUUUUGAUGA